AUGGCGCGCUCCAUCUUUUGCGCUGACGAUGGCAGCUUUGGGCCCGUCUCGACGUGCAGGGCUUUUGACUUCACCCUUCGCUUCGAGUGCAGCAUCCUCUCCUUGCUGCCGAACGCCAUCUUUGAAUUCGUCGCUCUGGGCCUGAUCGUUUGGACUCUGCUGUCCUCUAGACGCUACAUUCAACUUCCUCUCGAUCGCGGCUCGGCAUGCAUUCACAGACGCGAUGGAGGCGCUAUCCUCUUGGCGGUGGCUCACCUCGCUUUGGUGGUCGCGCUCUUGGCAAUGGCUCCUCGUGUCCUCCCUGGUGUCGCGAGCUCGAGUGUUGACACGAUGGUCGUGCCCUCGCUCGUCCUUGAGUCAUUCUCAGCUCUGAUAGUCCUCUGUGUCUUGGCAUUUCAUCGUCCAGCUCGAUCUACGCCCAUCGUCACCCUCAUCAACACUUUCCUGCUAUUCGCCUCGCUCUUCUCUGCCGUUCAACUACGCACCUUCUACUUCGUGCCUGCAGCGCGCAGCUCGGCGUUUCUUCCGCUGCUUGCGGCUGACUUGGGCGCAAAGUCGCUACUCUUUGCGUCCACUUCCACCAAGCCCUUCGACCCGCGCCAGACGGCCGAAGAACGAGCAAGUUUCGUGUCCAAGAUAUUCUUUCUGUACCUCCUCGUGCCCCUGUGGAAGGGAACCAAGAAGCCCAUCGAAUUGGACGACAUCGAGCCCCUUGCCGCUUCUUACUCUUCUCGUUCACUCGAGGCGAGGCUCUUUCGAUAUUGGCACGCUAGUGCAGGCGGGAAUGCGGUCGGUGACAGCUUCAAUGGGAACGGCUACCCCAACGACAUCAAAUCUCGUGACUCCGAGGGCGUCUUCAUGUCAGACCUUGCCUUCUCUGCGACAUCUGCAGAAAGGAGCACGUUUCUAUCCAAGGACCAAUCCACUCGGCCCCACCUCAUUCGAGCCACCAUAAAAGCUUUUGCGGGCGUCCUGCUUUCGCCAGUACCAGCCAAGGCGGUGUACACGGUCAUGAUCCUCUUGCAGCCUUUGCUUGUGCAAGAGACCCUCGACUUCAUCGCAUCUUACUCGGAUCCCUUGCAAACACCGAAGCCGGCCGCCCACGGCUGGGGCAUCGUGGGUGCAUUCUUGCUUGUUUACCUCCUCUUAGCACUCUCUUCUGGACACUUUACCUUCUCUAUCUACAAGGCGACCUGCAAACUACGUGGUGCACUCGUUUAUGCAGUGUACCGUAAGACGCUUGUUCUAUCUGUCGAUGCCCUCCAAGACGGCAACACACCAUCGCCCACCGUCAUGCAGUCCAUCGAUAUCGAACGCAUUGUAGGCGGUCUUGAUCCUGCCCUUGAAGUAGCAAGCGCCAUCAUUGUCAUUGUUGUGUCACUUUACCUCUUGUGGCAGCAGAUCGGCGUCUCCUUCAUGGCUACGAUCGUGACAUUGGCAUUCUUGUUCGCCUCAAUUCCUCUGAUGGCCAGGGACACCUCCGCCAAGCAACGGGAAUGGAGCAAGCUCACCGACGAUCGGACGGGUCUCACUUCUGCCGCCAUCAACUCUAUCAAGGCGGUCAAGCAAUCCGCCCUUGAGAGCUUCUUGAUCUCCAAGAUCUCAUCGAUCCGUCAUCGUGAAGUUGAUGCCCUUAUCCGGUACCUUUGGGAUAUUCUCUUCGGUUCGCUCCUUGGCAAUUCGGCCGGGGACAUCCUACUCGCCAGCACUGUGGUCACCUUUGCGCUUGUGUCGGCGUUCCAUCACCAUAGCACCGGCGCAUUUCCCUUCAACACCUCCACCGUCUUCACCAGCAUCACGAUCGUUCGCAUCAUCGAACGUCCUAUUUUCACCCUCGCCAGGAAAUACGCCACCGUCCUCUCGACCAUCACCUCGCUCAAGCGGCUCGAGACCUUCUUGCUGCUUCCCGAACAAGAUGCGGGUGAAAGAGGCACAGACUGGGUACCAGCAACUGAAAAGGUUCAUCUUGCUGCUACAGCUGCCGCCGCAUUUGAUCGCGUCUCCUUCGCUUGGAAGCAGGGACCGAAUGUUACAGCAUCCCUUGACGUCUCCGGCUCGAGUCCGACGUCCGCACGGGCAAGCUUGGCUGAUAAAACGGACGGGCCCGUGCUUCGCGAUCUCAGCCUCGUCAUACCUCGUGCACAGCUCACUGUCGUUGUAGGAGAAGUGAGUACAGGCAAAACCUCUAUACUUUGCAGCUUACUUGGCGAGCUGCAAGUGUUGCAGGGCGAGGCAAUGCUGUCGCUGCGAUCGGCUCCCGUUGCGUACGUCAGUCAGAAUCCAUGGACACAAGGGGAAAGGAGCAUCAAGGAGAAUGUCGUCUUCUACCGACUUUUCGACGAAGAUCGCUACCAGCGUGCAAUCAAAGCUUGCGGACUCGCACUUGAUGUUCAACAAUUACCCAAGGGCGAUGACACUCUUGCAAAGUAUCUCAGCGGGGGUCAGAAGCAGAGAUUGGCACUCUGCCGCGCCGUCUAUGCAGACGCUCCAACGUACGUUCUCGACGAUGUUCUCAGUGCAGUUGAUGCUCCCACAGCCGCUGGCAUCAAUCAAGCGCUUUUCUCGCGAAAGCGCGGCCUGCUGCGAGGCAAAACUGUGAUAAUGGCAACGAACUCUCUUCAGCAAAUGCAGCUUGCGGAUCGGAUCAUACAAAUGACCGGAGGAGGAGCAGCAGAAAUGCUAGAGGGUGGCGAGACCAUUGUCUCCAAGCUUGCCGACAGGCUCGACACCAUCCGACGCCGCUCGAGUGAGGAACGAGAUAGCAUUGAUGCAGACGGCGAGUCAUCUGCUGCCGCUGAGAUACGUGCCGCAGCCGCAAAAGAGCGCAAGGUCCUCGAUGUCGAGGAAGAGCAGGAGGAGAUCAUGAAAGGAGGGCUUAAGCUUUCAGUCUUCGUCAGGUACUUCAAUGCAGCAGGCUGGUGGGUUGCGGUCAUGUACACACUCGCUCUCAUUGUGCAAACCGGUCUAGCCAACGGUCAGCUUCUCUGGUUGCAAGCGUGGGCUAAGCAAGUCACCGAGGAUACGAUGCGCAGCUCUCUCGCUCUCCACAUCGGAGUUGUGAUUCUGCUCGUUGUGUCCAGGGUGGUCAUCUACGGCGGUUCCUUGCUGAUCUACAUGUACCUGCUCUGUCCGCCCGUCUCACGCAAGCUUCAUCACGACGAAAUCACCGGCAUGCUUCGCUCUGGCGCCGAUUUCUUCCUCAACAUCAACGCGGGUCGCAUGAUCAAUCGUUUCACUCAAGAUAUCUACGGUCUGGAUUAUCAGAUUCCCGCCUUUUUGGUCAAUCUCGUGUACUUCAUCGUCGAGCUUGGCUAUUCGCUGGUAUUCAUGGCUUUGCCUGCGCCUUACCUGUUGGGCGCCAUGGUUGCCAUGGCUACCCUAUACUUUGGCAUCUACAAGCUGUACAGCCCUUCUUCACGGAUCUUGAGGCGUCUCGAGCUAUCGACUAAAUCACCACUGCAUUCUCAGUUCAAGGACACCGCGGACCUUCAGGGUCUGCUGACCAUCCGUGCACUGCAGAUGGAGGCGACUUUUGCCGAUGCCACCGCUUCGCUUCUGGAUACGUCGCAGAGACCAUACUACUCGCUCUGGACGGUACGCGUCUGGCUUUUAACUUGGCUCAAUCUGCUUGGCAUGGUGCUCAACACCGCCCUCGUGCUCAUUGCCGUGAGCUUGAGGCACAAGUCCAAUGCUGGAUUGGUUGCAGUUGCAUUGAUUCAGGCCAUCUCAAUAUCUUCGGAUCUCAACGGUCUCAUGUCCUCUUGGACGGAACUCGAAAUUGGUAUUGUCUCGCUGGAGCGUAUCGAGCAGAUCAUAACGACCCCGGCUGAUCCAAAGGACAACAAGAGCAAGUUGAAGGAAAUGCCGAGCACAGCACUGGACGAAGGUCGCUAUCCUCCUGCUGCUGGUGUUAGCUUCGAGGAUGUGACAGUGGGCUACGGUGGUACGGAAGGUCCCAUGUCGCUGCGCGGCGUCAGCUUCACACUCAGACCAGGCGAGCGCCUCGGGGUGUGCGGCCGCAGCGGAUCUGGAAAGUCGACGUUGCUGCUGUCAUUGCUCCGCAUCCUCGAGCCAGCUUCUGGCCGAAUCGCGAUCGACGGUGUCGACACGGCUACGCUGACCGGUGACUCGGUCAGGCGAAACAUCUCUUACAUCCCGCAAGAGCCGAUGGUGCUUCCUUCGCUAUCUGUUCGCGAAAACUUGGAUCCCGAGAACGAGCAUUCGGACGAUCAAGUCUACUACAAAGUCCUCAAGCAGACGUCGAUGCUCGAAACAAUCUCGCAGCUUCCGCAAGGACUCGAUCACCCGCUCGACUUGCAAAGUCUGAGCAUGGGCCAAAAGCAGCUGCUGAACGUGGCUCGUGCGCUUCUCAAGCGAAGGGGGUUACUCGUGAUGGACGAAGCCACUUCGAACCUUGAUUCGGACACAGAUGCUCAGAUCCAGGCUGCCCUUGCAUCCGCAGCUACGACUCCCGAGGACAGUUGCGAGUCUGACCAGCUCACACGUGCUCAGUCCAAGAGACCCAUGAAGCCUACGAACGCCGACGCCGACGGUUUCGUCGCAGUCCCCGGAAGACCAACGACCAUCACGAUCGCACAUAGACUGUCCACCAUCAUGGACUACGACAAGAUUCUUGUGCUGAGCAAUGGGGAAGUCCUCGAAUUCGGUAGUCCUUCCGAGUUGCUGGCGAAGACGAACGGAGAGUUCAGCUCGAUGGUUGAUGAGCAGAACAGAAAGGUUGAUUAG